UGGCUGUGUUUGUUCUGUGGCCACCAAGGCUGUGACCGCAACACCCGAGAACAGCAUUCUUUUCUUCACUAUCGCACUCCGCGUUCAGAUCCUCAUUGUCUUAUCCUAAAUACUCAGGCAUGGAAUGUGUGGUGUUAUGAUUGUGACUCAGAGGUACACCAGACUAGUUCCAAGAAACUUCACGAAAUUGUAGAAUAUAUUAAACGACAAAAAGACAUGGCACCACACCGGGCAGUUAUGUCACAACCUGUCACAAAUAAACCUUCAUAUAUCUCUGGGAGUGAAUCUGGAACAGUGACUGUGACCAAAGGAACAAUUUCUUCUUUCGAUGACAACUCAAAAGCCGCAAAAAAUCAACGAAAUGCUCAAGCGAGUGUUCUUGCAUGUCUGCCUAAAGUGAAGGGUCUUAGCAAUCUAGGCAACACCUGUUUCUUCAACUCUGUGAUGCAGUGCUUGGCACAGACACACUUCCUGACACAGCUUCUAGAUGUACAAUGCCAAAGUGGUCAAAGAGUGUACUUACCUGGACAGGCAAAGUCAUCUCUUGAUGAUCCUAAAAAUUCACAAAUCACAGAGAAUGGCAGAAUUCAGCAGAAGAAAAAAGAGAAUAUAACCUUGAAUGAAAAUGAAGAGGAUGUGGAACUGAAACCUCUUGACUUGAUUCUUCCUGAGGGGGGAGGGCUGACUUUGGCAACUGCUGCUUUUCUGAAAGAUAUGCAUUCUGUUGGCAAGAAUGGUGUUCUAAAUCCAGGACACCUGUUUGGUCAGAUAUGCAAGAAAAGCACACAGUUCCAAGGAUAUGAACAGCAAGAUGCCCACGAACUCCUCCGCUGCCUCCUGGAUGCUAUACGUAAUGAGGAAAUCCUAAGAGCAAAGAGGGCCAUUCUCAAGGCCUUUGCUCUCUCAGAGAAGACUGACCCAAACACAGUGAGUCCAAGGCUCAAGACCAUGAUCAAGGGCUAUGGCAAGCAGGCAACUCACACCUUAGUUGAUCACAUCUUUGGAGGGCAUCUCAUCAGCACAGUCUUCUGUGAAGAGUGUCACUGGUCAUCACAAGUGUUUGAGCCAUUCAUGGAUCUUUCGCUCCCCAUUAAUGAAGAAAAGGGUAAACCAAAGAAGACGUCACCUUCGGAUGAUGAAAGCUUACUGGAUUGCUUUGGGAGACAGUCCAGCAACAACAAUGUUUCUAAGCACCACCAGAAGAAGAAGAAGAAAGAAGAGAAAAAGGCUCGUAAGACAAAGGGACGCGCCAAAGGAGGGGGCCUUGCACCAGCUUGCAUUCGUGCAAACACUGAAGACCAGGAGGAAGAACCAAGCAAAAAAACUGUACAAAGUGAGAAGAUGAAGAGACGAAUGACUGAGAAACGACGUCCAGAAGAACUAGAGGAAAUCACAAAAGCGGAGGAGGAGCAGAAGGCCAAGGCAGGGAAGACAACUGGUAUUUUGAGAGGAGAAAGUUUCAAGUUUAGACAGCUGAUGGAAGCAAGAAGAAUUAAUAGACAGGAGAAGGACAGCGAUGAGGAGGAGAGUGAUGAAGACUCAGAGUAUGAUCAGGAAGAUGAUGAGGAAGAGGAAGCGACAGGGAACAAAAAUAAUACAGCUGAAGGUAGUGCGGAAGGUAACACAAAGAGAGACACUGAGGAGACUAAGGAAAAGACAGAUAAGUGCAAAGAUGUUAAGGGAUUAUCCAAAGCUGCUGAUGAAGAAGAAGAAGAAAGUGAAGAGGAAGAUGAUGAUGAGGAUGAUGAUGACGAUGAUGAAUCAGAAGAGACAGACAAUGAGGUCAAGGAUAAUGAAAGUGAUGUUGCCAGUUCCAAGAAAAAGUCCUCCACUGAGAUUAGUGAUGCAGAUAUUGAAGACAACACAGAUUCUGAACGGGUUAGACACAAGUACCAUAAUACUCGGCAACCUUCCAUUGUGGUUGAGCAGUCAGAAAAUGAGACCAGAACAAGUGAUGGUAUUACUGCAAAUCACAAAAGAAAGCUGGCCUAUAACCCUCGUACAUCUCUGCUACGCAGGUGCCUUAAGAGUUGUUAUUCAAGUGAUCAGCUAAAUUACAAUUCUGCGUCUGACACAUCAGAGAGGUAUUUCACCCCCAAUGAAAGGGACUGCAAUGGCCUCGACACUGGAGAUGAUUUAGACAACUUCCAGGACCCUGUGGAGAAAGCAGAAACCACAUCUGUUAAAUCUGACAAAUCGACCAAUACGAGUGGCAUAGCAUCCUCUUGUGUAACGGGUGACAGCCUUUCCAUAUCCAGUGGUGAUACCAUCAAUAACUUUGAAGGGGGAACUGCAGAGUGCAAGGUGCCAGUGGAUCAGGCACACAUGGAGGAAAUGUGCCUAAAGGUAGGUGAAUUGAAGAUCAGAAGAAAGUCAAGCAGCAAGGAGAGCCUCCUUGACACACACAGCAUGAAACAGAAAAGAGGCUCCACAGAAACCCUGCACACUUUCAAAGAGCGAUUAGGAGAAGGAGAAGAAGACGAGACAAAGAAGAAGGUGAAAAACAUGAAGAAACUGAAGCAAGAGUGGAUAGCUCGAAGCCUAACAACUCUUGCCCCGAGAUACCAGUGUCACAGUCAGGAGUGUUCAAUUAUGUCUUGCCUGACCAACUUCACAGCUCCAGAGCUGUUGAUGGGUAACAACAAGAUCACCUGUGAGAACUGUACAAAAAUUCACAGUCAGUUACACGGAGAGGAGAAUGUUGAGCCCGUAAAGAGCAAUGCCAGCAAACAGCUCCUGAUCCUUUCCCCUCCUGCCGUGUUGACUCUGCAAUUGAAACGUUUCCACCACAUGGGUUUCAAUCUCACCAAGGUCAACCGUUAUGUGCGAUUCCCACUGGUUUUGGAUAUUGCUCCAUUCACAUCAUCAAUCUCUUUGGGUUUGGGUAACAUGUCCAGAGGCCAGAAGCAAGUUCUCUAUGGCCUCUACAGUGUUGUUGAACACUCUGGAAGACUGAACUCUGGCCACUAUGUUGCCUAUGUUCGCUCUAGACCCCUGGACCCCAACCGCACUAACAAGCAGUUCCUCAAUCUCAAGCCCUCUAGCCAGUUUGAGAUCAAUCACCUUGUGACAGAGAUGGCAGAAAAGAUUGAGGCUUCCUCUGGCAUGCUGGACAAUGACUUGAAAGGUUCAUCUGCAAAUACAACCUCGGUUAAUGUUGAGGAAUUGGAGGAGGAGGUGAAGGCUGGUCGCUGGUUCCAUGUCUCUGAUGCAUAUGUUGCAGAAGUAAAUAUUGAACGAGUCAUGAAAGCGCAAGCGUACCUAUUAUUUUACGAACGUCUGGUCUGAGCCAAGUAGAGAAUAGAUUGUAUAUAGUGCUUCAGACUUAACUGAUAGUUUACAUUUGUAAUAACUAUUUAUUUGUACAUUUCUCAGUACUUGGUCUGUAUAACUGAAAUUCUUUUUUGAACAUGAUAUCCAUGUUCUUUUAUUUUGAGAACAUAUAUGGGUUUUCAUGAUGUAGCAUCUUUAAGAAGACAUGAAAAAUAUAUUGGACAGAAUCAGAUAGCUGCAGAUCAAUUGGUAAAUGCCACAAACUUUCAGUAUCUGUAUUUCAUGUCAAUUAUUAGUUUCUUCCAUCUUGAGUUAUUUUGUUGACUGUUUUCUGCCCCAUCAUGUAGACACUACAAGUUCUCUCUCAUUGAGAUGGAUGCAUUAUUUCUCUUUGGAAUAAGCACACCAAUCACAAUAAAGUUUUCAUGUUUUCAUAAAGGUAAAAUCUAGCCCAUUCAUUGACCAAGGCCAUCACAGUGUUAUGUGGCUGUGUGUUCAUUGAAUGUUUUCAUCGACUGGAUGGAGGGGUGUGGUGGAUAAUGUACAAUUUCGAUAUAGAACAGUAGAAAAGGCACCUGUAGAAUAAGAUUAUGUAUUGUAGAUUAUGUAUGAUACAUUUUAGAGAGUUCUCCAGUUGUCAUAAUCUCAUAUUAUAAUCAGUUUUGAUUGUGCUGUUUGCAGGUACUUUGAGAUAAUGUCAUUGACAUAUUUUAGAGAUUGGUGUAUACUUCCUCUGCCAGCAUACCUGUCAAUACACUUUCAAAAUUAUAUGUAAACUUAGUUUACUGUAGAGAAAAAAGUGAAAGCAUUGAUAUUUUUUCUAGGAUGGAGAACCAGCCAAGCUCUCUUUUUCGUGAUAGUUUCCAUUUGUAUCUAUUUUUGCCACACCUUUCAUCACUGAAAAUUGAAAAAGAGACUGAUCAAUUUAGAUAUCCAAGAAAAUGAGAGCUUGAGGCUCAUCUGGGGGGCAGCUUUUCACAUCAUCUGUGAUAAAGUAUUCAUGUCUAGCAAUAUGUUACUGAUUUUUGUGUUCCUUAGUUUCUGGUGAAUGCCAUAUCAUUAGGUGUACAUUUUAUCCAUGGUCAUCCAGCUCCAUUUAUAUCCCAUGAAACGAGUUUGUGAGCAGUGUUUGAAUAGUUUUGAAUAUAUUUAAGGGUGUUGAUCCUGCUAUAAUCUGAUUAUCUUGAAGACUUGAACUCUUUUUUUUUCUCUCUUCUUUUUAUACACAUUUGAUAAACUAUACACAAGAAUGACUGAAUGGGGAGUACUGUGUUUGUUAUGUUGUUGGAGAUAUUGACUUCUUUAUGGGAAUAUGUUGAUGGAAAGCAGUGGUGCCCCUGAUAGAAGGUAUGUGAAGCUCUUAAUAUCAGGACAAAUUACUUUCAACCAUUUUUUGUCAUGUAAAUGCCACAGGUAUGUCUUUUUUUCUCUUGUUAAAAAAAUAAUAAGAUAUUGGCAGCUUUUUGUAACUGUGUAUGGUAUUAUUCAAGGUUCAUUUAAUUAGACUUUUGGCUUUUGUUGGAGUUUAUGUUUAAGCAAGACAGAGCAUUCAUAUGGUUUCAGGUGUGUUUGAACUACAACUGGUGUUUACUUGUAUUGAAUAGGUAACAAAGUGUUUUAGACUUUAUCAUAUUAGACUUACCUCAUUGUUUUAGAGUAUGUAAUGAAAAAUCCCUUGGAUGAAUGUAAUUUAACAUCCUGAAAAUGAUUCUGUGCUAUUGGUCUGCUCAGAUGUAUAAUGUUUAUGUACAAGUCAGUGUUUGAGUUUGUUUUUCUUUUAUGUGAAAUAAUGGAAAAACAGAUUGAUGAAAAAUGCAUCAGCAAUGCAAUUAUCUUCAGUUAUUUAUCAACUCAAUUUUGCCAAUAUUACUUGUAAAUUUUAUAUGUGACAGUGCUCAUUAUAUUUGUUAAGUAUGGGUAAUUCAGUUUUUUGUAGGCAUGUGUAACAUGACAAUCAUAAAAGCCUUAAUGUAAGUACAAUGAUCCAUCUUUUUUAUUGUCUAAAUGAUGGAAUUUUACUUUGGGAGUGAGAAUGUAAAAAGAAAAAACAGGUAGAUGUUUAUUGAAUAGUAUGUUAGGAAGGAAUUAAGGAAGGUUCAGCAACCCUGUGGGAUAUUUUGUCCUGACCUAAAGUGGUGAAACAAUUUCAGAACACAACUUUGAUGAAAGUAAUUCUAUGGUGUGGUUGACAUUAGUGUUCUUUUGUGGUGUACUGUUGAAUAUGAAGACUGUUUAGUAACUGUAGUCGUUGGCACCAUUCUCUCUCUCUCUCUCAAAAGAAAAAGUGGAACUUAAUGUUAAGAGGAGGGUUUUCCAUCUCAUAAAUUUAUUUAUUUUCAUCCUGACAGUAUUUGGGUAUAUUCAUUGACAUCAAUUAAUAAUGCAUGAUUGAGUUCAUUUUUUUUGGAGAGAAUUGGAAAAAUUUCUUCAUAAGUUUCUUUGAUUUUAUGUAGAUAAAUUUUGUCAAGUUAACCCAUUUCAAACAUACUCAGAUUUUCACGUUUAAAGUGUUCAUAU